UUUUGUAUAUAAAAUUUUUGUAUAUUAUACAUUUGGGUCAUUUAGAACACUAAACUUGGAGUAAAUUUAUAAAUUUAACUUUUAUUACUAUUAUAAAAUAAAAACAUUUUAUUUGGUGCAGAUACGGUGGAUACACCUUAUCAACCUAUAGCGAUAACCUCAUAAAAUAUAUCUCCAGUGCCAGUUAGAAAAUGUGUCCACUUCUGGAAUAUGAAAUUUAGAAGACAAUAUCUAUAUUUCGUGACUCAAAACCGGUACCAAAGUAAAAUGGAAGUUAGUAUAUCAGGUCUGAGGAAACAAUGCAAGAAUAAGGAUGAAGCUUUCUUGGAAAAGGACUUAGCAUCCAAAGAGCCUAUUGGGCAAUUCAAGGCUUGGUAUGAUGAAGUUUGCGCCGCUAAACAGGUUCUAUUCCCUGGUGCCAUGUGCCUUGCCACAGUGUCAAGGGAAGGUUUUCCAUCAGCAAGAUACGUCAUUUGCACUAGCUUCAGUAAAGAUGGUUUCAAAUUUUUCACUGACUACAGCAGCAGAAAGUCUAAAGAAAUGGAUACAAACCCUAAUGUAGCCGCAACAUUCUACUGGGCAGCCUGCGACAGAUCCAUCAGAAUCGAAGGUCACGCAGAAAAGUUACCCGACGAGGAAUCUACAGAAGCUUUCAAAUCUCGGCCGUUAGACGUUCAAGCAGCUGUAUGGGCUAGCUCACAAAGUAUUCCAAUAGAAUCAAAGUCAUUAUUAGGCGAGCGACAGAACGAGUUGAGAGAAAAGUUUCUGGCUGAAAAGGAGGUGCCGAAACCAAAUUACUGGGGAGGAUACAUAAUACGUCCGAGUGCUGUCGAAUUUUGGCAAGCUCAGUCCAACCGACUGUCUGACAGGAUACGUUUCAGAAGACCAGAACAUGGGGAAAUCCCGGAUGGGAAACUACUCCAUGCGGGCGAAGAUGGUUGGGUUUAUGAAAGACUCUCGCCUUAAAGUUCUACGUACCUGGCAUGCGCGGAUCCAGGGAAGGGGGGGAUCACCAUGGGCCCAGGUUGGCCAUACAAAUAGACCACGUGACCCCCCCCCCCCCCCUCCCAGGGCCUGGGCCUUUACCACGUGACCCCCCCCUGGGCACGAAUCUGGAUCCGCGCUUGGUAUGGUACCUAGUCGGUUUUGUAAACGACAUUCUUAUAUGCAUAUCGUGAUGUUACGAUUUUUAAUAAUGAAAACUAUGCGAGGUAUAGUACAUACCUAGUUCUUAGUUCUUAGUCUUUCUCUCUCUUAAAUGUUGAUGUUAUUUUGGAUUGUCGUUUUCAAACGAGGGCUUAACUUUUAUGGUGACUCCAAGGUCUCAGUCUAAUUUAGGUGAGCUUUUAAUAAAAUUGCAAAAGAAGACUUUACUUGUGCCUUUAGCGCCCAUUAUGCUCUUGCUCAAACUAUAGAUCAUAAACAUUUAUAAAUAAAUUAAAAAAUGUU